CAGGAAAUGAUGCGCUUCCCAAAACUUAACGAGAAGAUAGUAGAUGUUAUGACAAGUUUACUGAGGAAGAGGUUACCUGUGACCAAUGAAAUGGUUGAAAAUAUAGUCGCAAUUGAAUUAGCCUACAUCAACACCAAGCACCCUGACUUUGCUGAAGCAAGCUUAAUGCAUAGGGCCCUAGUAGAAAAUAAUGUAGGGAAUUUAUCCCAAGAAUCCAGUGGAAGAAACUUUGUACAGGAAGAGAGAGACGUAAGGGCAUUACCGUCUGGGCCACAACAAGAAAACGUGAAUGGCAGUUCGUGGAAAAUCUGGGCUCGUGGUGGCAAGGUGGAAAGCAUGGCACCCGAAUUCUCACCUCAGCACACAGGCAGUGCCCCUGGGUCUCCGGCCACCAGGGGGGUGCCAGGCAAGGGGGUCAACUUACUCCCUGAGGUGCCAACGCAAACCCCUGUCCGCAAGUUGUCACAAAGAGAACAGAGAGACUGUGAUGUCAUAGAGAGACUUAUCAAAUCCUACUUCCUCAUUGUUCGCAAGAACAUCCAAGACAGCGUUCCAAAGUCCGUAAUGCACUUUCUAGUCAAUAACGUAAAGGACAAUCUCCAGAGUGAGCUGGUUAGUCAACUCUACAAGAAGGAACAGAUUGACCGGCUGCUGGAGGAGUCAGAGCAUAUCGCAGCCAGGAGGAAAGAGGCGCAAGAAAUGUUGAAGGCACUCAAUCAGGCAGGGCAGAUUAUCAGUGAAAUACGAGAGACCCAUCUAUGGUGAUGUCAGUCUAGAGAAAAUCAGUCUAUUGAUGAUUACAGGGAUAACAUUUACUUAUUACAAGCACUAAACAAGUGAAGCCAUAUCUGGGUUCAAACUAGAACCCCACCCCCCGUAAAAAAAAGUUAUUGACUACUACAGACUAUAAACUAACUAUAGUCUUAAUUAUACUAUAAUUAUAAGCACGAAAGAAGAGAGGCCAUUUUAUUAAAAGCCAAGCUGUGAGGUGAUAUGAUACGAGGUACAAGAAGCACUAAUGGCUUGAUUUCAGACAGUAGUUUCCUAGCUGACAAUAUGGUGCAGGUGUGAAAGGUGGAUGCACUUCAUGGUUGUUGAAUUAAGCCUGAUAUUAACUAAAACUAGGUAUUUUACAGUGUCUAGGGAGUUCAAAACCUUAGAUAAAAUAGUACAUGACUUUAUCUCUGAUUAAUUCCGGAAAAAGCAAGACUAACUUUAGUAAGACUAAAUAAGAACUGCGUGAUUUCAGGGUUUUUUUUUUUUUCUUGGCUCAUGAGUUAAAGUGAUGGUAAUGAAAUUACUUAAAUAAGAGUGACAAGUUUUUCACAUGAUCAAGUCCACUUGAUGUAUGGUCAACAUGUCAUGACCCAUAGCUAGAGAAAAUGUGUUUGUGUCUUAAUUAAGAAACUAUUUACUUUUUUACCACUAAAUUAAUAAUGUUAGACUUGAAAUUGACCAUUAAGGUUCUGUUGAUAAAACCGAUGCAGAUAUUAUAGAAGUGCUUCAAACUAAAAUAGGUAUUACUUGAACUGCAGCAAUCUUUUACCAUAUUGAGAGGAAAAACGUGAAUGGAAAAAUUGUCAAAAUGGUUUGUCAUUUGUGAUGUUAUUUAUAUCCCAGUAUAGUGUUAGCAUAAAAUAGGUCCUCUUUUCUAUUAAGUUGAACAUAAUGUGUAGUUGCUUCAUACUUCAAUGUCUUAUUUAUGUCUCUGUUGCAUAUAUGUUUACUUGUUUUGUCAUUUUUGAAAAUGCCAUAAUAGUAGGUAUAGCUCAUCAUUUUUGCAACUGGAAAAUAAAAGUUAUAGUAGCCCCUGAGAAAUUAGACCAUCAAGUGCAGUGAAUUUCACCUUUCUUGUUGGAAGUUGUAAAAACUAGGUGAUAUUCAAAUUGUAAGUGAGAUGCAAUUUGUGGUAGCAGUGAUACAGAGAUUUGUCCAGUAGAAAUUAAAUGGAUAAAGCCAUCAUUGAUUAUCAAGCAAAAUUUGACUAUUCUUUUAUGAUAUUUUAUAGGGUAACUUAUUUUUGAAAAGACUUGAUUACUGAUUCAGAUUUAGUUUUU